UUCCCCUCCCCGCCGCCUGGUGCGCUGCGCUGCGCGAGGGGAGCGGCGCGGCGGAAAGCCUCGCCGAGCGCACCGUCAGUACCCUAUCGGCGGGCGCGCGAGGAUCGCGGCCGCCCUCUGCGCGCCGUGCUCUCGGCAGACGGAUACGAGGAGGACGGAGAGAGAGGGAGCGACCCCAGGGAGGAAUGUCGGUCGACGCCGGCCCCCUUUCCGCCAGGUUAGCGAGCCCGGCCGAAAGACCACGGCGACCCGGUUUCUUCCGCACAAGUGAGCGCAGGCACGAGACCGAGCCCACCUGGCGAGCGAUGAGUCCGGAGACCUGAGAGCCGGAAGAGAGAGGGAGAGGACACGACCUGGGAAAAGGAAAACCGGGCCGCUGGGAGAGAGGAUCCGCGAGGGAAGAAGAUAAGAGAGCGAGAGAGACCGGGCAUCGAUUGCCAGGGGGGAUCGGAGAAGGAGACGGAAGAUGAGAGGAGCGAGGCGCGGAUUAUAGAAGGACAUCUGGGAAUACGCCGAGCGGUAUUAAGGGAGGCCGGGCGGAUUAAGGGGGCGAUAAUUCCCGAGACUGCCAGCGGGCGAGGAGGGAGCAAGCCCGGGAAGAGGAGCCAGAGGGAUCCGAAGCUGGCGUCCCAGACACGCGAGACCGGCUCCCGCGGGACUCGGACCCGUCGCAGGCCCAAUGGCGGGUCCCUGUCGAGCGGCGGCGGCGGCAGCGCCUCCGGGGUCCAGUGCGGCCUCUGCGCCGUCGUGGCCGGCCUCUUCCGCAGGGCCAUGUGCAUCGCCGGCAGCCGAAGAGGCUCCAGGGAGUCCUGCUACCAGGAGCUGGCCACCGACGCCUCGGGCUCGAGGCUCGCGGCCUGCGCCGAGCCCUGCGCCGAGCCCUGCGCCGAGCCCUGCCUCAGGACCUGCGACGACGAGACGGCGAGCCUGCGGGAGGACGAGGUGAGGACCCACGACCACCUUUUAUACCCCCAGGGUCGGACGGAGAUAACGGUGGACAGCACCGAACGAAAUGCCGUCUUCAUCCGAAUUUCCGGGGACGUCACCGUGACAUCGCCAGGAUCGUUCCCUCCUCUCCCACGGGAGCCCCCGUCGAGAAAGGAGGACGCGCCGACGCCCGCGUCGCGACGUCUCUCCGAGGUCGAUCGCCUCCUUCUGGAUGGCCUAGGCUCGCCCGAGAGGUGCAGGCCCGGGCAAUCCGGUCGAUUUCUGACGAUGCACAAGCGACGACGCAAGAAACUCACCACCAGGUCCUUAUGCCAGGACGUCGGCAUGCUGGACGACAUUUUCCACGGACAAGUCCAGUGCGUCCUGGAGAAAGUCGGCAACUGGCGGUUUAACGCCUUCACGUUGGAGUCGGUCACAGGAGGACGUUCGCUGCCGGUGCUGUGCGUUCACCUGUUCCACUGGUACGGCCUGCUGCAGCACUUCAACCUGGACGUCGUCAGGGUAUGGAAGCUAUUCACUCUGAUCGAGGAGGGCUACCACAGUACAAACCCCUACCACAACAGUAUACACGCCACGGACGUCACCCAGGCGAUGCACUGCUUCCUGCAGGAGGAGAAGGUGAAGGAGCACCUGAGCUAUCUGGAGAUCAUGGCUUCUUUAAUAGCAGCCGUGACCCACGACCUGGACCAUCCCGGGGUGAACCAGCCGUUCCUCGUGGCGACCAGCAACCACCUCGCCGCCCUCUACGAGAAUACCUCCGUCCUGGAGAACCAUCACUGGAGGUCGGCGAUAGGGUGCCUCCUGGAGAGCGGGGUGUCCGAUCAGCUGCCCCAGGAGAUGAGGCCGGAGCUCCAGAGGCACAUCAGCUCGCUGAUCCUGGCGACCGACAUCACCAGGCAGCAGGAGUUCCUGGAGAAGUUCAAGCACUAUCUGGACAACGAGAUCCUGGACAUGCGGCUGCCGGAGUACCGUCACUUUAUCCUGCAGAUAGCGCUGAAGUGCGCCGACAUUUCCAACCCCUGCCGACCUUGGGACAUCUCGAGGAAGUGGUCUUACAAGGUCUGCGAGGAGUUUUUCAGGCAGGGUGAUUACGAGCGCCAACUUAAGCUGCGAGUGACGCCGCUUUGCGAUCGCUAUGCGACCAGCAUCCCAAAGAUCCAGGCGGGCUUCUUCAAGUUCAUCGUUACGCCGCUUUACGAGGAGUGGCAUCGGUUCCUGGGAGACGGACUUAGCAUCACUUUGAUGAACCACCUGGCAGCCAACCGGGCGAGGUGGGAGGCGAUGAUAGUAGCCGAGAGUGCCGAAGAAGCCAAGGCCGAAGACAGGGUCUCCGAGUUGGAGGAGCUCGACGACAUCGACAUUUCCGGCUACGAGGACACCACGGAGGACACGCGCAACGGCAGUAUCGGUCAGAUCCUGUCGGACCGUAGACCAAGUCUGCCGGUCAGAAGUGAACCCAGCCACGGAGGAAGACGCCACUCGGUUCCUCUGAGCACCCCGAAGUCCUUGUCCCUGUUACCCAGGUCGACGACCAGGCGAGAGAGUAUGCCGGUGGAGCACGCGAAGCAGAAGAGUCCUUUGGUCAGGCUGGAGGACCAGAGUUCUCUGGAUCCGAGCACCCUGUCUCUGAUUUCCUCCAGGAGCAGGAGCAGCAGCAGGACCCCCUGCACGCACCAGGACACCUCGGAGAGGCCCGUCAGCGCGGAAAACUUAAUCCCGGAGACUAGCAUCGCCAGUAUCACCAGCAACGCCGAAGCCUGCAAACUCAGUACCUUGCUUCAGGGCGACCGGAAGUCCAGCUCCCAGGGGAAACAGCUGACCAGACAACAGACCUUCCCGCCGCUGCAUCCCUGCGUAAGGAUCAGAUAUAUGUCGACUACUGCAGAGAUGUCUCAGUGCUACUCGGGGCCACUCACCGAGGCAGGGAGCACCACGAGCUCCUCCGCCAGUCCGGAUCACGCGAGGAGCUGCUCGAACGGCAGAUGCGGCACGUCACCUAGAAGAGACGGCGAUCUAAAGGCUCCUCAUCGGCGGAGGCUGGACGCCUCCAUGAGGGAUCUGGACCGCACGGGCAGAAGGCGCGGUUCCACCAUGUCCGACGUCGUCGGCAGGGACGAACAAGGUCCGAGUCCAGACCGCGGCAGAAGACACAGUGUGCAGACCUCGGCGGAAGCUACGAUCCCAGGGUCCAAAAGAUCCCGCGGAUUGUCUCCUAUCAGUCGAGAUUCCGACCCAACCCGGGCAUUCUAUGCUGCCCUGAGUGGCUCCGAGAAUCGCUCUGGGUCCAACAGAACCGACGAUCGAAAGGCGAGGGACUCCAUGUCGACGACCGUGGAGACUAGCGGGCUCUCCGCGCCUCCAUCCUCGACCAACGUCCAAGCCGAGGCCGAGGAAGCCCUUGCGAGACGCUUUUCCGUUCCCGUUGCCGACCUGGGGGCCAUCGUCCAGGAUCCGUCCGGGCGGCGCUUCACGGUGAUCCCGGUGUCCUCUGAACUGAGCCCCCAGAAGGUCUUCUACGUCGGCACGCCGCCGGAGUCUUCAUCUCCGAAAGGUCGCAGCAACUCCUCCAGCGAUAGCAUGUCGGAUAGAAAAAUCACUCCCGAGACCAGCGAUGCCCUCGUGGCUGGUAAAAGGGACAGGGACUCGUCCAGGGACAAGGGCGCGAAGGUCCCUAAGCUGGGAGAUGGUAACACCAUGAAGGAAAAUGUAGACCCCCGCGUGAGCGACGACUCGACCAAGGCCGUCUCGCUGACCAGGAAAUGCAGUCAGGGCUGGGCAAAGAGGCGCGGCUCGGCACCUGUGGGCCUUCCGUGCAGGUUCGAGGAUCUCCCGGCUUCGUCCAUCACCACGAGAGUGGAUCGCUAUUCCAGAAGAGGCUCCGUCCCGGCGGACGUCACCGGGCACCAAGGCGGUGGCUCGAUUCGUUCUGCUCUGGGUCCUAGAAGCGAGAACCUUCCUUCGCCAAAGAGAGCAAGUCUUCCGCAGGAUACGGUCUUAUGGUAUCUCUUCAGCAAUGUCUUUCGUACGGCAGCGGAGCCGGAAAAUUGUCCGAUGAGCGGGAACAACAAUAACGGCGUGAGCGAUGGCAACGACACGAACAACAACAACAACGGCGGCACCAGCAAUAGCGCCGCGGGUCGCAUCAGCAACGGCAGCGCGAGAUUCGCGGAGGGUGCCGUACCUUCUGCAGGGAUGCCAACACCCAGGAGAGGGUCCGUGCCCGCCGACAUAUCCGAGCUCAGGCGCGACCUCUUCGGCAGGAACAGCGUGAACGGCAAGUCUCGGAACCGGAAGAAAAUCCUGCGGAGAAGGAGCAGCGGCGGUCCGGAGAUGUUCUCCGGGAGGACCGAGGUCAACGAAGGCAGCACUUGGCUCCAGUGGAAGAAGGAGCUGGCCAGGAGAGACUCCAUUCCGGAGCCGAUCGUUCGACGAAGAGGAUCAUUGCCCAUCGAAGCUGCCGUCUCGGUUUUCCAUGCAGGCACUACAUCCGGUGGACGGAGGUCGAGUCUCUGGAGACUUUAGCAUGCCGCGGAUGCUCCUGGACCCAGUUCCAGACAGUAAUAACGCGUGGCGAUGACGACGUAGUCAGCAUGUGGAUUCUUGAGACUGAUCUGCAAGUAGCAUCCGAAUAUUGUGGAGCCGAUGACAUGGAAAUGGCAACCAGAGGAUGUUCACCUGGUUGAGGAGCGUUUGACGGGAAGAGAGGCCAUAGGGUCCUCCUUGGAAGAUUCUUGAGCUCGCACCGAAUCAACCUGUGCCAUACGAGCGACGAGUCGAGCGACCAUGUAGACUCGUGAAGAGCCCUAGGAUCCACAGCUGCGACCCCGACGUUGCUGCGGGUUAUUAAGACCUGGAGAAAUCGGAAAGUUAGUGAGAAAGAGGUAAAAAUAGACUGUAGUAGAUACAACGCUUAGGUCCGAAGGGUGAAAGACAAGACUGGCCAAGUAGGAAGAGAGGAGGGAAGGCUAACGACUGCGCAGCUGGACGGCUCUUGCCUGGCAGCUGGGCAGUUAGAUCCACAACCGUGACGAUUGCUCACAAUUGUACGAUCCCCGGUUCCCAGGGCUGCCGAAAGGGAGCGUUUUUCAUUUCUUUCGAAAGACGCGUCCCGUUUGACGAACACGUCCUAGAACGUGCGAGCCGCAAUCCCAAGAAGAUAAUGGCGAUGCGUUCCGGGACCCUCGGGGACCGGUCUUCCCUCGGGAACCGAGGAUCGUCCCUCGUCGACGCGAAUAGGACGAGGCCGCGCAAACAUUCCCCAGGAGAGAGAUGGAUAAGGAGAGGAGGAACGAAACGCGCGGUCGAGUGUACAGUCUAAGAACGAUAACUGACGCGGUAUGAAUAAUUAGUGUAAUUAUUGUUAUCCGCCAUCGGCGUGGUCACCACUGUCUCAUUGUCUCAUUGUCAUUGUCAUUGUCAUUGUUCACAUGGUCGUUAGUCGCGUCGUCGUUGUCGCAACAAUAAUGCCGAGGGUCUCGGAGAUACUCAAGAACCCGAGUAGCCAGUAAAUUCUAGACGUUAUGCGCUAAUAAUUAACGGUGACCGAGUUCGCCAACGACUAGUAUAUAUAUAUACAUAUACCCGAUGUCUAAACGGCGACGUCGACGGAACCGGCGUCGCCGAGUUUCUCGAGAUCGCGGGAUUUCUCUCUUCGACAUCUGCGACUCUUCCGGCUCCUUCGGAUACUCGGGGAACCUCUUUCGAGGGAACUGCCCUCUGCACUCUGGAUCUAAAUCAGCGUCCUCGAGCUGGAGAGCGGCUUCGUCGUCGCGCUUUUUCCUACCGACGUUGCUCGCAGGACGUCGGGCUGAGAGAAAGAAAAAGAAUAGAGGGAACGUUGGAAUCACGGAGCGAGGCCAGGAACGUAGAAUGUCGCGAGGACCGGAAAGUCCUCGGUCGCUUUAGUCGAGCGACCGACGAAUAGGCAGUCGAUAAGGUGUAACACGUGUAAGGAUGUAAUACCUAGUUGCGAUUAAUCGAAUAAUAAACGGUGUAUGUGUCGAUGUAGAUUAGGAAGGCGACGACGUCCCGUCGUCGAGCGGAAGGACCGGAGAGUCAGGAACCGCGAGCGCGCCUCUUCGAAUUUAACUUGCCCCGCGUGAUGGCGAUUCUCUGGACUUUCUUUGCCCGGUAAUCGUGUCCCAGGUUAUUGUGUUCACAACGUUCGAUUCUGCCGACCAACUUGAGGAACCAGUAGGCCCGUUACUUUUGAUCCUCUCGUACAUGCGUACCACGUGUACCGAACAAGUCCCGGGGGGCCAAGCUCGAAUUCGUCCUCAGAUUUCUACGAUAACGGAGCAAUAGGUCGAUAAGCGGUCACCUCGAUUAAAUCCACGAUGCGCCAGGUAGGCGACAGGAGUCCGUCGAACGAUUCUCGGAGUACGUGCGUGGAUAUCGUUGUUCAAUUUGUGAACCGUUGCGUGCACUUCCUCGCCUAAGUGUAAUUUCGUGCACACGUGUUUCUCUCCUCUAGUACAAACGUGUACGGACUGUCGAUUCCCUUGGAAUCUCUCGUGGAGGCCCCUUAACUACUACUCUGCCAUUUUCUUAGUAUCGUGCGAUCGUAUCUUGACCUUUUCUAUUUAAGUAAGCUAACGAAGGCGACGGGGUAUACGACGGGGAGGAAUCCGCUCCAAGCUACUUCCCUCGCGCUGCUCUAGAAGCUUUGGCACUCUUCUCCCUCGCUAAUUCAGUGUAGUUACGAGCAUUAGCACGGCCAUCCGUUUACCACCCGUGUAUCGUUAGAGCAUCCUAUGACCUAUGGCAAUACAGACUUUAUGGCGCAUCGAAUAGAACUUACGGUAUGUCCUGGUUGUACGCCGUAACCUUAUCGCGGUAUACUUACCCUCGUCUUUCGUUUCGGCUUUCAUCGUCUCGCCGCGUUGAGUCAAACUCAAGGAAGUGUUCUCCUGCCGUUAAUUGCGAUCCAUGUAAUGCACCCGAUGUACCGCAGUCAUAAGUACCGAGCAGGGAACUAGACGUUGCGUCCAAAGAAGCAUAAGAUUACGGUUGUUCGAGGACACUUGACAAUCAUUGGAUGAUUUUUUCCUGAUUGAAAAAAAAACUUGUAAAAAAUCAACUUGACGAUAGAUUAAGUAGUCCUCAGACCGAUCGUCCUUGGGUUAAUUUAUCAGCCAGAGACGGUUCCAUGAUAGCGAAGCGAAAUGGGAGUCCACUGAAAUACCACCAAAGUCCAAUGUUCACUCAACUUUGGAAUAACUUAACCCUUCGAUGGAUCGACCCUUGCAACUUUACUUUUUAGUUCGGAUGUACCGUAGCCUGGAAAAAUAAUAGUUGCGAGUGUAAUGUA